AUCAGUGCAUGGCUCUGUGAGAGUGAGAUAUAUAGUCUUGCAAAUUAAAACUUAAGCCUAAAGGCAUCCAACUUGAGACCUGCAGGCAACAAUUUAUUUCCCUCCGUCAGACAUCAAAAAAUUAAAACCCAAGAUAACAUUGAGCCUGAAGGGUCAGAUGAAAGUGAAAAAACUUCUUCAGCUAAGGAAUCAUAUGGUGAAAAUGAAUGCAAAAGUACUUCUGUUUUGAUGGAUGCUGGGAAGAAAGAAACAACUGUGGAUGCUCCAGUUCAAAUCCCAAAGGCCAUCCCCUACAUGCCAUUUCCUCCUCCACCAGAAUGUAUAAAAGUGGAUGAAGAUUUGUCCUUAUCAUUGGUUCCACGCUUAAAGUUCAACUACACUCUUGGCUGCAUGGGUUCCAUUGUCAGGCCUGUGGAUGUGUCCAAUGUAAAAAUUAUUGUCUCUAAUGGCAUACGGGGUUGUUAUGUUUUUCCCAAGCCUCUCACAAUUCCAUUUCAUGACAUUCACGUUCAUAUUGUGUCUCCCUUCAAAUGGACUGUUACUGAUGAAGGCAAAGAGAGGUGGGUCUUAGCAGAUGGCCACUUCUUCUAUAGGGAUGAGAGAUUGGUAUCUGAGGAGUUUCGCUUGGGCCUAAGGAAUUGCUUGCUCAAGGAUCAUGGCACAUAUAAAGUCAAAUAUAUGGGUGCCCCCUAUCAAGUUGAGCUGACCUUGCCAUCCGAAGAAGAUCCCGAUCAAAUGAUGGCUUCCCUUUCAAGCAUCCCGGCCGAUAAUCAAGAGUCGCCAACUAUCAUUAUGAAUGGUUUACCUCGAUGGUUUACUGAUCAACCUGCAUCAGUUCACAUCUUCCUCGAGGCUCUGGGUGUUGUGAGGGCUUUUGAUGUUCAUGAUGAUCAAAUUUCGGUUCACUACGAGGAUUUUUACAAAGUACUGAAAUCGUUGUGUGCAUCUUCUUUGCAACUGAAAAGGGUGGUGGAGGGCUUGUGUCUUGUCGACUAUGUUCUCACGUGGAAGGGACAAUUGCCCUUGAAAGAUGAUUACCCUAAAUUCUCUGAUCCAAUGUUGAAGGAACCACAACUCAUUAUGUUCUCCCUUUAAAAUCGUUGAAAGAAUAGAAUUGGAGAAUAUUAGAUGUAAGGGGGGCAUGAUGUUGGUUUAACAUUGUAGGGGCAGUGAAGGGGUUAGAAAUUAUGUUUGGGGUUAGACGUAUUCAUGUAUAAUAAGGGACGGAUCCAACAUGGGGGCAGGGGGCAGCUGUCCCCACUCAACCCCCACCCUACUCCUAAUAUACAUAUGUAUUUAAUCUACAAUUAUAUUUUUUUUGUGCUGCAUAUGAAGGUCUUAUAAACUAAGGGAGUGUUUGCAACU